AUGAUCAAUUUCAUACUAAUGGUUAACAAACAAGGACAAACAAGACUAGCAUAAUAUUUUCAAUUUCUCAGUGUCAAAGAAAGAAUGACACUCGAAGGAGAAUUGAUUCGUAAGUGUCUCUCCAGAAAUGAAACACAAUGUAGUUUUCUUGAACAUAGAGGAUACAAGAUUAUAUACAGAAGAUAUGCAUCACUUUAUUUUAUUAUUGGAAUGGAUUUAGAAGAAGAAAAUGAAAUGGCCUAUUUAGAAUUUAUUCAUAACUUAGUUGAAACACUUGACAAGUACUUUGAAAAUGUUUGCGAAUUAGAUAUAAUGUUUAAUAUUGAAAAAGCUCAUUACAUCUUAGAAGAAAUGGUCAUGAAUGGCUAAAUUGUGGAAACUAAUAAGACCUAAAUUUUAGCCCCAAUCCAUGUUUUAGACAAGGCUAAAGAUGAAUGACGAUUUUUUUUGUUUAUCAUAAUUGAUUUUAUCAGAACUUAUAUAA